UUUCAAGGUUACAACUAAAACGCAAGAAACAUCGUCGAUGGAAAUCCUAAAAUAUCCACAUCUUUAGAAAUAGUUUGCAUAAAAGAAGUCACUCAAUAGAAUGUACACUAUAAGAAAUGCAACCCAAUAGCGAGUACAAUGUGGCCAAUACUGUACUCGGAGAUCUUAGUGUUAGUGAGCAGAAAGGGGAGGUGCCUAGAGACAGGACAUGAUAGUACGUAUCCAGACAGACAGACACACACACACACACACAGUGCACGGACAUUAUGCAAACAAAAUAGCCAGCCAGUGGAGACAACUGUUGCUCAACUUGACAGGGUGGGAGUGACUGCUCUUGAUUACGCUAAGGCAUUGAUCGUGUGAGAGUGUGUAAGAGAGUUCCGCCAAAAAGAAAUGUCGGAAAGCGGGACUGUUGAGUCGGCGGGGUCACAGAAUGGAUCCCACCGCUGCGGGGAUAAACCAGCUGGGAAUAUGUGCGUUGUCGGCAACAAAGUGACAGUGGUACUCGGGGCUCAGUGGGGUGAUGAAGGAAAGGGGAAAGUGGUAGAUUUGCUUGCUCAGGACGCGGACAUCGUCUGCAGAUGUCAGGGUGGUAACAAUGCUGGGCACACUGUGGUGGUGGAUUGUGUUGAAUAUGACUUCCACCUUCUACCAAGUGGUAUCAUCAACCCCAAUGUCACUGCAUUUAUUGGCAAUGGAGUAGUGAUUCAUCUACCAGGUCUCUUUGAAGAGGCUGAAAAGAAUUUAAAUAAGGGAAAAGGUCUUGAGGGCUGGGAGAAGAGACUUAUCAUUUCAGACAGAGCUCAUAUUGUAUUUGAUUUCCACCAAGCUGUCGAUGGAGUUCAGGAGCUGCAGAGGCAGCAGCAAGCAGGGAAAAUUUUGGGAACCACGAAAAAGGGGAUCGGCCCAGUGUACUCCGCGAAAGCUGCUCGCAGUGGACUCAGGAUAUGUGACCUUUUGUCCGACUUUGACGAUUUCACUGAAAGGUUUAAAGUCCUGGCCCACCAGUACAAAUCAAUGUACCCAACCCUGGAUAUUGAUAUAGAUGGAGAAUUAGAAAAACUAAAGGUGUAUGUGGAGAGGAUAAAGCCCAUGGUGCGAGAUGGAGUGUAUUUCAUGUACGAAGCUCUGCAUGGGCCGGCCAAGAAGAUCUUGGUGGAAGGCGCAAAUGCAGCACUCCUUGAUAUCGACUUUGGUACUUACCCCUUUGUGACCUCAUCCAAUUGCACAGUUGGGGGUGUCUGCACUGGCCUGGGGAUGCCGCCCCAGAAUGUGGGAGAAGUGUAUGGAGUCGUCAAGGCGUACACCACAAGAGUGGGGAUUGGUGCCUUCCCUUCUGAACAGAAUAAUGAGAUUGGUGAGUUGUUGCAGACCCGAGGAAAGGAAGUUGGAGUCACCACGGGCCGGAAAAGGAGAUGUGGCUGGCUGGACAUGGUGCUUUUGAAAUAUGCACACAUGAUCAAUGGGUUUACUGCCUUAGCUCUAACCAAACUGGACAUCCUGGAUGUGUUUCCAGAAAUAAAAGUUGGUGUUGCCUACAAGGUAGACGAUGAAUCAAUACCUCACUUUCCAGCCAAUCAAGAGGUGUUAAACAAGGUAGUGGUUCAAUACGUCACCCUCCCCGGCUGGAACACAGACACGACCAGUGCUAGGACGUUUGAGGAGCUGCCAGAAAACGCACAGAAAUAUGUUAGGUUUAUUGAAGAACACCUUGAUGUGCCUGUCAAGUGGAUCGGUGUGGGCAAGUCUCGAGAGUCAAUGAUCCAGCUGUUUUGAAAAAGGUGGCACCCAGGCUGAAGGCACUCCUCGUCAGAAGCUGCUUUGGGAUCUGCAAACAGAGAAGAGGGGCGGGAGAACACAGACAAAUGUCGCAUGUAGACAUUUUACCAGUUUGGACUUUCUAGCAUUCAUUAGCAACAGAAUCUUAUAGCACAAUACCAUUGAUCCAUAGGAGUACUACUCGUGUAUCCGCAGCACACUCCUUUCUAAUAUACAGAAAUCACCUUUUUGAUUUUUUUUUUGUCGUCAGAAUAAACAUUAUAAUCUGUAGUACUGUGUUCAGCAUUCAGUGUCCUUGAAAUGAUGACCCAUGCUCUUAAAAUGGUUUAUAAAGGGUUGUAUUUUCAGUUGUCGGAAUUCAUACAUCUCUGACAUAAAUGCCAAGUAACCAUUGCAGAAAAAUCCCUUUCUGUAAUAAACUGGUUUCAGUUGCUUUA